AUGAAAGGCUUAGAUCUCAAAGAUAAAACAUCUCAGGAAGAGGUUAAAACCAAGCCUCAAGACAGUUCCAGCACUACAAAAACCCUGAAUAACCUGCAGACACAAUUAAACGCCAUGAAUGAAGAACUCAAGAAGAGUCCCACCACGCAAGAUCUAACCAAGCUUCAAGGACAACAAAACAAAUUGGAGCACGAUGUUGAAGAGUUCAAGACAUCUCCAUGA